UUCUCUUUCCCGCUCUCCUCCUCGCUUGCCCCCCGCCAGCUCUCCAGGGAGUGGACUAGUGCAGGGAGGGAGGGAGGGAAGAAAGGAGUGGUGCAGCUGUGAGUGAAGCCACCUCUCGUUUCCUUGAUUGAUUGGAGCCGAGCCGGAAUGUGAUGCGAGAGAGGUGUGCAGAUUAGAACCGUUCACAGCACACAACUGAGCAAUCCUCUGAAGGCCAAACACCCCCAUCCAGUUAGCCAUCUCUGAAGGAACAUACAGGCUUUUUCAUAAGAUAGUCAUGGCAGAGUUCAAGAUCGGUAGGCUGGAUGGCCAGCCACCAAGGGUCAGAAAUGUGCCCAUUGCCGUCACCCCGGAAGGAUUCUGGUGCUGCCCAUCACAGGCCGCGCUUCAGAAGACAGCGAAGAGCCCAAACCAGCAGGGCAGGCCUAGAGGGGGAGCAUCCCCUGCACCAUCGAAGGCAUCCUCGGUUCAGAGGGUGCCAACCAUUUCUUCAGAGAAGAGAGCACAGUCCACUCCUACUAGGUCCAGAACCCAUUCAGAUGAGCAAGUGUGCCCUCCAGCAAAUGCUGUUGCUGCCCCUGAUCCGCCAAAGGUAGUACCUGCACCGGCACCUGAGAAACGGCCAAAGCAGCAUAAGAUCUCGGUCGGGUUUGGGCAGCUCGGCACAAGUGAUCUGAAGGUUGUGCUGCAUGGCAUGGAAGGGGUAGCUGUGAAGAUGAUUGUUCACAAGAGCAUUCUUGCUGAAAAUAGUACCUUUUUUGCCGAUAGAAUCUCGAGGCAGUCUCCGGUGUCAUGCAUUGAGGUGCCAGAUUGUGAGGAUGUGGAGAUUUAUGUCGAGACUGUUGGGUUGAUGUACUGCAAGGAUGUCAAGCAGAGGCUUAUCAAGCAAAAUGUUCCACGAGUUCUGCGAAUCUUGAAGGUCGCAGAAUCACUAGGCUUCCGUGCAUGCAUCACAUCAUGUUUAGACUACCUGGAAGCGGUUCCUUGGGUCGGCGACGAGGAGGAGAACGUGGUGUCGUCCAUACGGCAGCUGCACGGCGAGGAUCACAGGGCUAACCCCUUGCUAAGGAGAGUGACAUCUGACACCCUCACAAAUCCGCCGAACGACACCCUUGCGCACAUCAUUGAGCUGGUGCUGAAGAGCAGCGAGGACAGAGGCCGGCGCGAGAUGAAGUCUCUGGUCCUGAAGCUGUUCAAGGAAAGCAGCAACGGCAGCAGCGCCAAUGGUUCUUCAGCAGACUCGUCCUGUAUCACGACCUUGUACGGGUGUUUCCAGAACUGCCUGGAUUCCCUGCUGGCGCUGUCUCGCCAAGCUGCCGGUGCAGACGAGCUCGCGGGCGAAGAAGAAUCGUCGUCUGCAGGCAGCAAAGAGCAGGCGUUCAGAAAGAUCGGUCUGGAGGCGGACAACCUUCUCUGGCUAGCGGAGAUCCUGUCGGAGCGGCACGCGGCCGACGAGCUGACGGCCAUCUGGGCGAGCCAGACGGAGCUGGCCGCGGAGCUGCACCCCAGGAUACCGGUGAUGCACCGGCACCUGGUGAGCUGCGUGACCGCGAGGCUGCUGGUGGCGGUCGGGAAGGGUGAGGCGCUGCCGUCCAGGGAGACGCGGCGGCGGCUGCUGGACGUGUGGCUGCCGCCGCUGAUGGACGACUACAGGUGGCUGCAGCACGGGUGCCGCUGGUUCGACCGCGCCGCGGUGGAGGACGGCAUCGGGCAGGCCGUCCUGACGCUGCCGCUGGAGGAGCAGCAGGCCGUGCUGCUGGCGUGGCUGGGCAGGUUCCUCAGGGCCGGAGGCGACGGGUGCCCCAACCUGCAGCGGGCGUUCGAGGUGUGGUGGAGGAGGACCUUCGUCAGGCCGUACGCCGAGCAGCCUGGGAGUGGGAGCUCCUCGUGGUCGUCGUCGUCGCGGCGGCACUGACCGUCGUCCAGCGGUCGUUGUCUGGAAAUGACAAGAGUCCACGCGAUGCAGUUUCUUUCAAGUUUCAGUAGUAGUAGUAGGAGACUUUGAGUUAGGAGACGCUGGAGUUUGUUCCUCUCUGUUGUUGUAAUGCUUUUGGGAUCGAUGUGAUGUGACAACCCGUUCUGAUUUCUUGGCGCAGAAAUCAACCUUCCUGCGUGAUUUUUACUGUUGGGGCAGCUAUUUCUUGGC